AUGAAUCUCACAACUGUUCUUGCCUUUGUCCUUGCUGCUGUCGGAGCCAUAGCCUCACCUGUUGUUGACAAGCGCCAGUCAUGCGCAGAGGCUGCGCAGUUUGGGGUCCUCGAAAUAGUUCCUUCCGAUUUGCAGCCUGGCACGGGUUUCACGGUUCACAUCGACUAUGCAUGUGCCGUGGAGUUAGGCGUCGUCCCGACUUACAUCGAUACUUACAUAGAGGUUCCCGAGGGCAACAACGGACACGAGCCUCCCAUUCUGCUCGACCGUCGGACGUUUGUUUUGUCGCCACCGCCUCUGACUCAGGCUCUUACCUUCACUGCGAGCUUCCCAUACUACCCGGUGUUGUUUGAAGGUGCUCAGUACACGAUCGGCGUUCAUACAAUUUAUCCUAUCAAUGGAACGGAUGGGAAUCCGAUCUUGAUAGAGGGUAUAGUCUAUGGGGACAUUAAUGUUACUACUUCUUAA